CAGAUUUUUUUUUUUUUCCUGGCUAUUCCGGUUUUAGUAUUUUGGAUUCUGGGAGCACGUUUGACCCUACCACAAGCCAGUGAAGAACGCGUGUAAGAAUGGUGGUACCCACUGUGAGGAAGCCAAGGCCCCAGUAGGGAGCUGCUCAGUGCCACACAGCCACACGGGUGCCACGCCCAACUCCAUCAACCCCCAGCGCUUGGUCUGGGUUUCUGGAGAACAGCUUUUUGCUGGGUUGGCUGAGACAUAGCGACACAAACGAGAAAAAUUCGGUCUCAGGUCCAGGAAGCGGGCGGUUCCCCACAACCGGGUGAGGCCAAGGAGCUGGGCGGAGGCACCCGAAGCUAGCCAGCGCUGAAACUGGUGUGCUAGGGCAGGGCGGGGCCGGAGGAGGGGACACACUGGGAAGGGUAAAGGGAACCAAGAGCCAGUAGGAGUGCAGAGCAGGGAGGGCAGGGAGCGCUGCUGGGCAUCAUUGCCGCGCUCACCGGAGACAAAGCCCAGAGGCAGUUCUUGGCUUUCCUGUCAACACCAAGACUCUGGCUGUAUCCACAUCCCUGGAGAGGCCAAGGAACUGAGGAGCCGUGGGACACCCACCAGGAGAUUCUCAAAGAUGUCUGGGAGCCAGCAGAGUUCCUGUACUGUUUGAUCGCAUUCCAGUUCUUCCUGUACCUCAAUUUCUGUUGCUAUGGAGACUUCCAAUGGGACUGAGACCUGGUACAAGAGCCUCCAUGCUGUGCUGAAGGCUUUGAAUGCUACCCUUCACAGUCACUUGCUCUGCCGGCCCGGGCCAGGGCCAGGACCUGGGCCAGACAACCAAACUGAAGAGCGUCGGGCUAGCCUUCCUGGCCGUGAUGACAACUCCUACAUGUAUAUUCUCUUUGUCAUGUUCCUAUUUGCUGUCACUGUGGGCAGUCUCAUCCUGGGAUACACGCGUUCACGCAAAGUGGACAAACGUAGUGACCCCUAUCACGUGUACAUCAAGAACCGCGUGUCUAUGAUCUGAUGUGAGGUGCCUGAGGAUGAUGGAAGAUUACGAUGCCUGAAGAUUGUCUUCUUGGGCCUCUAGAAUUCAGCUCUGGACCCUACCAACCCUUAGUGUCUCUAUCUAUGUAAGAGCAACAAGAAAUCGGUAAGAGAGAUCGUCACUGGGACCAGAGAGGAGGGGCUGGUAGGCCUGGCCUUGUGGAUAAUACAUUUUUUCCAGACAAAGAUAGGCAUUAUAAACCAGGAGCCCAUGAACAAAUAUAAAGAAGUAUGGACUACCGGCAAGCAGGAAAAGAGGAAGGCGAAGGGAAAUGGAGCAGAAGACGCUCUGGACACAUGCUCUUUUAAUGUAUGAUCUUCAAACAUGAGAAACCUUGAUAAAAUCGAGUAACGCUACUUAUUUGUGUUUAUAUUUCUUUCUUUUUGUUUUUUUUUUGUUUUGUUUUUUUUGUUUUUCGAGACAGGGUUUCUCUGUGUAGCUUUGCGCCUUUCCUGGCUCUCGCGCUGUAGACCAGGCUGGCCUCGAACUCACAGAGAUCCGCCUGCCUCUGCCUCCCGAGUGUUG